AUGAGAGGGAACACGCACUUCGUUGUCCCGUCCCAAGAUUUCGAGCUAAACGAAGAUUCCAAACAGUUCCUUACGACAUACACGUUCGGGACGCAUACGGCGAAACACACAUUCUGCAGGGUCUGCGGCAUAACUUCCUUUUACAUCCCGAGAUCGAAUCCUGAUGGUGUAGGGGUCACGGUCAAAUGUGUGGACUCGGGGACUUUGAAGAAUGUGGAGAUCAGGCAAUUUGACGGGCAGAAUUGGGAGAGCUCGUUCGUUCAGUCUGACAUCUCUUCUUAUUCGAAGAUAGCUCCCGAGAUGGCAGAAUGA